UCACCACUUCCACUACCUCAAUUUCCUUCACUCCCAUUUCCAUUUAAUUGACAAAACUUAGACUUCAAUAUUCCAAAUUCCAAAUUAUUCAAACCUCAUUUUCAAUUCCAACAUCAAAAUCAACACUCUACAAAUUCACACGCUUCUUUCCUUCACAUCACUCGUUUUACCACCACACUUUAUAUUUGGCCUCUAGAUUCCCCAAAUAACUAAUUGGCUCUUCCAAAACUCAUUUUCCAAUUAAUCUAUUCCAAGGCAACACCUAACAUAAACCAAAACCACUCUAAUUGGUUCAUUCCUAUUCCUAUUCCUAUUCCUAUUCCUAUUCAUACUUCUUCUUCGUACAAUCUAACCCAAACCCAUAAAAACAAAACCCCCUUCUUCUUAUCUUCUUUCUACCCUUCAUGUCUUAAUCAAACCACCCCAUAUCUUUUUGUCUUUCUCUUCCUCUUCCUCUUAUUUUUCACCAAUUUUGUCAUCUUUUUAAUUUAUUUCUCUAAUUAUUCUUCUCCUCAAAUAUUCCACAGCUCCUUCUUCAACCACAUACCCCUUUUAACUUUUCCUUCUUAGUUUCCUCAGAACUCAUUCUAUAACAAAAAAAAAAAAUCAAAUUUUGAGGGUACCCUUUAGUUUGUUUCACCCUCUUAAAGGGUUUUGAAACUUUUUUUCCUCUUUUUUUGUUACAAUGGAAAGCCCUGCAAUUUGGGGUUUUUAUGCAACGAUGUUUAUGAGUCCUAUGUUGUUAGUGUUUUUCUUAGGAAUUAUUGUUGGUUGGUUAUGGAAACCGAAAUGGAUUAGUUCAUUGGCUAAGUCAUUUGAUUUAGCUUCACCAAUUUCGGAUUCUCCUAUAUUUUCGCCAUUGAAAUUCUAUUCUUCUUUGUCUCCUUGUGUUAAUUCUUCCAUUACAAUGCAAACUCCAAACCCUGAUUCUUUGUGCAUCAAUAAAGAGAUCAAUAAAAAGGGUUCAUCUUCUUCUUCACCCACCAAUUUUGAUAGUUCCACAAGUUCUAACAAAUCUGGUGAAGAUACUUCUAAUGGUGUUACAAUCGAUGAUUUACAUCAUUUAUACAAGCUUGUUGAAGAGAAAGAUGGAGGUCUUCCUUGGAUACAGAUGAUGGAUAAAUCUACUCCGACUAUGAGUUACCAGGCGUGGCGUAGAGAACCAAAGGAUGGUCCUCCCCAAUAUCGAAGCAGUACUAUUUUUGAAGAUGCAACUCCUGAGAUGGUGAGGGAUUUAUUCUGGGAUGAUCAAUUCCGACCUAAAUGGGACGAUAUGCUUGUGAACUCGACAACAUUAGAAGAGUGUCCUACUACUGGAACCAUGAAAGUGCAAUGGAUACGAAAGUUCCCCUUCUUCUGCAAAGACAGAGAAUACAUUAUCGGACGAAGAAUAUGGGAAUGUGGGAGGUCCUACUACUGCAUCACAAAGGGGGUAGAUUGUCCUUCAAUCCCAAGACAAGAAAAACCUAGACGUGUAGAUGUGUAUUACUCUAGCUGGUGCAUUCGAGCAGUUGAAUCAAAGAGAGAUAAUGGUCAACUAACUGCAUGUGAAAUUUUACUCUUCCAUCAUGAAGAAAUGGGAAUUCCAUGGGAAAUUGCAAAGCUUGGAGUGCGUAAAGGCAUGUGGGGAAUGGUACAAAAGAUUGAGCCCGGUUUGCGCGCUUAUCAAGAAGCAAAAGCUUCUGGAGCUCCACUCUCUCGUUCUGCUUUCAUGGCCGGUGUCAAUACAAAAAUAAGUCCCGAGUACUUGCAAUCCAUAGGAUCGUCUGAUGAUGAAUCAUUACAAACCGAAAGUGCGAUCACUUCUGACGACAAACCAAAGGGCAUGACCGUACCGAAGAUGCUAGUCAUUGGUGGUGCUGUUGCUCUUGCUUGUAGUCUUGAUAAAGGAUUGGUGACCAAGGCUGUUAUAUUUGGCGUUGCUAAAAGAUUUGGAUUUGCUAAUAUGGGUAAAAGAUAAUAGAACUAAAGGUUGAAUCAAUCUCUUGAAGGGAUUUGGAUUUGUUGUCGUCACAAAUUUUUGCAUCCAAAUGCGCAUUACAUUGGUUGAUGUUGGACCAAGAUCGAGCGGUGCAGAAAGGAAGCAGAUUUUGACAAUUUUUUUAAACUAUACUAUCGAGUUUGAAAUUUAGACCACCAGAUCUUGAUCUAACAGCCACUGAUGUGCUGACUACGUGAAGUGUGUGAUUUGUGUGGCUACAUACAAUCUACAUCCCUCUUGAAGCCAUUGUUUUGGAUGAUCCACUUUAACCAUUAUAGUUUCCUUUUUAUUACUUCAAAAUAUUGAAGCUCCUUUUUUGGCUAAAUGAUCUAUAAAUAUAUUAAAAACCAAAUCUAGGGGAAUGAGAAAGUCUCGGCUUGUUGAUUUGGGAGAGAGGGUAUUUGAUUUUAUAUAACUUUGUUUUUUUAAUUCUUAGACCAUGAGUAGGUCAAAACCACAGAAUUUCUAAACUCUGUGGUUGUACAAAACUCCGCAGCAAUAAAAGUAAUCUAUUUUUGUUACUUCACAUCAUGUAUUGUAAAAAUAUUCACAUGGUAAAGUUGGCUCAAUACAUGUAUGCUAGCUAUAAUUGCAAUAAUCAAUAAAUUUUACUUUCUUCUAUUUACUAAA